AUGUCCACUUGCGACGUUACGAUCGCAACCCUCCGAACAGAGCUCGAUGGCGAGCUUGAAGUCGAUUAUGGUGACGCCAAACGAAGAGACAAACUUCGCCUUGAGCUUCUCGAAUUUGUCGAGGGCAUGGAUGAAGGUGACGUGGCGUCAAAAACGUCAUUGGGCUCGGACAUGUGGGCCAAACUUACCGAAUACAGGCAAAUGUCAAUUCCAAAGACUUUGACGGAUGAACUGAAGAACAUGAGACAAGAAAGACGAGGCAGUGUCAACUUUAAGUCCGACACUGGAUCCAACGAAGCAGAUUCCAGCAUUCGUUCUGACUGGGAUAGGUUGUCUGGAGAGCAGCAGCAAUCAAUUAAGGAUCUUGUUGACGAGUACAAGAUUAAAUGGAGAACGAAAACAGAUCAGGAAGCAUCUCGCGUUGAGACUCACUCAUCGGGUAAUCAGUUCGAGUGA